CACGUUUUGUUGACUAUGUACUCUCCCCCGUUCCCACUUGACAAGGUCCUGGCCUACUGUGACUUGCGCCGACCGGUCUUGGUGAACAACCUGCACAUGCAGCCACACAUGAUGGACAGGAGGCAGAUUCGAAAUUUGCUGGAUCAAGCUGGUGUUCCCACCCCUGACGCUGUCUUUGUGGACCGCGACGAUGGCGAUGUCGUUGAGCAGCGGGGCGAGAAUGGGGACACCCUUGUCGUAAAGAACAUCAAGAGAAAGAAAGAGUUUGCCAUCAGUAAGCCUUUUGUAGAGAAGCCCGUCAACCCCGAGGAUCACAACGUGUACAUCUACUACAAGGGAGGCGGCGUUCGCCAGCUAUUUCGCAAGACGAAAAACGAGAGUUCCCGUCUAGAUCCCAGCGAAAAGAAGGUGCGUACAACAGGCAGUUACGUCUACGAAGAAUUCUACCAACCUGCAGAAUGCGCAGACGUCAAAGUGUAUGCCGUCGGCGACUUUUUCUACGCCCAAUCCCGCAAGGCCCCCCACAUUGACGGCGUUGUCGAUCGCGAUCCAACAGGCCGCGAGGUACGUGUGCCCGUCGUUCUUUCUGGUAGAGAGCUCGAAAUCUGCCGCAAGGCCACCACGGCCUUUGACCAGUUUGUCCUGGGCUUUGACUUACUUCGCGGGCCGGGCGAUAAGCGCUUUGUCAUUGACGUCAAUGGAUGGAGCCUUGUCAAGAAUUCUGAUGAGUACGCCUCCCGGUGCGGUAAGGUUCUUGCUGAGCAUAUUGUUGCUUUACUGGAGAAGGGAGCGGAUCUUCCAGACCCUAAUAUUCCCACCCACAACAGAUCCUCUAGGCUGCAAUCUGCUGCCCAGCAGCCCUCUUCCAAACAGACCUCCGAGCUCUUUGAUCCCUCGCAGGAAUCCACAUGUGUUGCUUAACAAAUAUGUGACAUCCGUUCGAAAGUGGCACAGCUUUUACACAUAGAGUACAUUCUGCUCGCUUAUUCUUGGCAGCACAUUUCACGUGCAGCAGGGUGAUCUAGCUGGCAACAGAUACAUGACUGCGGGUCGAAUAAUGCGGAACAGAAUCCACGUCAUGAAGAAGCGAAUCAACAAAUUCGUCGCUGCGGCUUUACAUUGCGUUUUACAAACCUUGUCUUGUUAGCACACGACUUGAGGGAACUGCCCUUUUCCCAAAGCUAUGAACACUUCCAGAACUUCAGCUCUGCAUCACACAUAAACUUUGCAUCCUUUCCAC